AUGGAGAAUUCUGUAAUGAAAGAGGAAAUAGUGAUAGUUGCAAGUGGAGUUGCAGGUUUAGCAACAGCAUUAGCACUCCAGAGAGUUGGAGUUACCCAAGAGACUAAUUUCCAUAAACAAGGGGAGGAGGGGAUGGCACUUGGACCUAGAGCUGUUCACAGAAAAGCGUUACUUGAAGCUCUAAUAGAACAGUUACCAAUUGACACUGUCCGUUUUUCGUCAAAGCUUCGCUCGAUUGAGAAAACAAAAACACGUCAAGAUAAUGAUUCAUUCGGGGUUAUCGCUUUAAUAGGGUGUGAUGGGGUGCACUCGGUGGUGUCAAAGUGGUUAGGGCUCAAAGAUCCUGUUCACUCAGGAAGAUGUGCAGUGCGUGGAUUGGGAGUGUUUCCGGAAGGUCAUGGACUGAAGCACGAAGCUCAACAAUUUGUUGAUAGAGGUCUUAGAUUUGGUAUUGCGCCUAUUAACUAUGAAGAUGAAGAAAUGGCUAAAGGAGACCCCAGAGUCAUACAAAAGACUAUAUUAGAGAAUGUUACUGGUUCCCCGCAAGUAGUAAAAGAUGUUAUACAACAAUCUGAGAUGCAAAGUUUACCAUGGGCGCCACUGUUAUUUAGAUACCCAUGGGAUGUUAUAUUCGGACGUCUAUCUGACGGUACUAUAACUGUAGCAGGUGAUGCAAUGCAUCCCAUGACACCAGAUUUAGGUCAAGGUGGUUGUGCGUCAUUGGAGGAUGCUGUGAUAUUAGGUCGCCAUAUAGGAAACUCGUAUAUCAAAAAUGGUGGAAUGAUAUCACAAGAAGAUUUAGAGGUUGAGAUACAAAUGUAUGUUAAGAGAGGAGAUGGAGAACUGCUGGUUUGA